CAUCCCAUUACUCCUAAAAUUCUAUCCAUCAUGUCCGUUCCUACUGCAACCUUGGCCACCUUCAAGAUCCCCUCUGUCACCAAUGAGCCCAUGAAAUCCUAUGCUCCUGGCUCUGCCGAGCGUGCUGCUCUCGAGGUUGCCUUGAAGGAGCUCCGUGCUCAGCUUCCCCUCGACAUUCCCUGCAUUGUCAACGGACAGGAGGUCCGCACUGGCAUCAUGGAGAAGCAGGUCAUGCCCCACGAGCACAAGACCGUCGUCUGCAACUACCACAAUGCCGACGAGGCCCUCGUUGCCAAGGCCAUUGACGGCGCUUUGGCUGCCAAGGAGGACUGGGAGAACACCCCUUUCAGCGACCGUGCUGCCAUCUUCUUGAAGGCGGCUGACCUCGCCUCCACCAAGUACAGACACAAGAUCAUGGCUGCCACCAUGCUUGGUCAGGGAAAGAACGCCUGGCAGGCUGAAAUCGAUUCUGCUGCAGAGAUGAUCGACUUCUGGCGCUUCGGUGUCAAGUUCGCUGAGGAGCUCUAUGCAGUCCAGCCUCCUCAGAACUCUGCCGGUACCUGGAACCGCACUGAGUACCGUCCCUUGGAGGGAUUUGUCUUUGCUGUCUCGCCCUUCAACUUCACCGCCAUCGGUGCUAACUUGGCUGGUGCUCCUGUCUUGAUGGGCAACGUCUGCGUCUGGAAGCCCGCCCCUGCGGCUACCUAUGCCUCGUAUGUUGUCUACCAGAUCAUGAAGGAGGCUGGUCUCCCCGACGGUGUCAUCCAGUUCAUCCCCGGUCCCGCCCCCGAGGUCGUCGGCCAAGUCUUGAAGCACCCCGAGUUUGCUGCCCUCCACUUUACUGGCUCGACCCACGUCUUCCGCAAGCUCUGGAAGGACAUUGGUAACAACAUCGAGAACUACAAGUCCUACCCCCGCAUUGUCGGAGAGACCGGUGGCAAGAACUUCCAUAUGGUCCACAAGACCGCCAAUGUCACGUCCGUUGUCAACAACACCAUCCGCUCCGCAUUCGAGUACCAGGGCCAGAAGUGCUCUGCCUGCUCCCGUGCUUAUUUCCCUGACAACCUGUGGCCCGAGAUCAAGAAGAACAUUGUUGAAAUCCACAGCCGCAUCAAGGUCGGUAGCGUUGAGAAGGCUGACAACUUUAUGGGACCUGUCAUCAACCAGGUCUCGUUCGACAAGAUCAAGGGCUUUAUUGAGUGGGCCAAGGCUGAUGCCGAGUCUGAGAUUAUUGCUGGAGGCACGUAUGACGACUCUGUCGGUUACUUUGUCCAGCCCACCAUCAUUGUCACGACCAACCCCAAGUCGCGCACCAUGACCGAGGAGAUCUUCGGACCCGUUGUCACAAUUUACGUCUACAAGGCCGAUGAAUAUGAGAGCACCUUGGACUUGGUCGCCAACUCGUCUGCUUACGCCUUGACUGGUGCGUUGUUCUCCCAGGAUCGCUAUGCCACCAUCUUGGGUGCCAACAAGCUCCGCAACGCUGCCGGCAACUUUUAUAUCAACGACAAGUGCACCGGCGCCGUUGUUGGCCAGCAGCCCUUCGGUGGCGGACGUGCCUCGGGCACCAACGACAAGGCCGGCUCUGCCUCCAUCCUGUCCCGCUUUGUCUCUCCUCGUUCGAUCAAGGAGUCCUUUGUCGACUUGGAGGACUUUGUCUACCCUUCCAACUUGGUCUAAGAUAUUUUUUUCAUCCACCUAUCACCAUUUUUUUGCAUAUAAACUUACACCCCCAACACGCAUCCUUUAACUAUCACCGCUCUGAAAAAUAUUAGCCGUGUGUCCCGCGGUAAUAAAUUAAAGCCAAGCGUUUGAAUGCCUUGAAAAACACGGGAUGUUGACAGAUCGCAUGGCCUGAUAUUCAUCGCCUUGACACCUGGAUAUCUUACAGUCUCGCUCUGCAAAGAAGGGAUACGCUUCUAAAGGCAGAAAUGGAAGGG